AUGGAGCAAGAUGAGCAAGAUGAGGAAGGUGACCAGGGCUAUCAGGACUUUGUGCGACCGUUUACUCCAACCGGUCAAGGUGACCAGGGCUUUAUGCCGCCAGAGUUUACCUCAAACGGUCCAGGUGACCAUGGUGACCAGGGCUUUGUGCUGCCAAUGUUUAACCCAAACGGUCAAGGUGACCAGGGCGACCAGGCCUUUGUGCUACCAAGGAAUACCCCAAACGGUCUUGUGAUCACCAAUGAGAAAGAAUUCUUGGAUACUUUACCUCCAGGAUAUCGUUUCAAGCCCCGGGAUGAAGAGCUUCUUGUUCAUUACUUGAGGAAGAAAGCACACAAUAAGCCAUUGCCGCCAAACAUAAUCAAGGAGGUUGAACUCUACAAGCAUAGCCCUGAGGAACUUACAAGAGAUCAAAAUAACAAGAAGUCGACAAAGCCAGUGACCGAAUGGUAUUUCUUCACACCAAGAGAGCGCAAAUAUUGCAAUGGGUUAAGACCAAAUCGAGCAGCUGGGGAUGGAUUCUGGAAGGCCACUGGAGCAGAUACGUCUGUCAAAUUCCAAGGAACCAUUGUUGGAUUCAAGAAAACAUUAGUUUUCUAUCGAGGGAAGCCACCUAAGGGCGAGAAGACAACCUGGAUAAUGCAUGAAUUCGUAUUAAGCAAUCCUCCAGAAAGAAAAAGGGGCAGCAAAGAUGAUAUGCGGCUUGAUGAUUGGGUAUUGUGCAGACUUUAUAAGAAGCAUGGUAAUAAUACCAGAGUUGUAACUCCCCAGCAGGAUACUGAUCCUGAUCCAAAACAGGAGGAAGAAACUGCAACUCAAGCAACUGAUUGCACUGAAACCCUGGAGCAAGAAUAUGGGAAUAUUCCACCUCAAUAUAUGCUGCCACAACAAACUUGUCCAAUGCCUCCUUACGUUGCAUAUCCUGAUUCAACAUCUGUACUUCCAGGGUCGAUUCCUCCUUACAAUGCAUAUGCUGCUGAUUCAACAUCUGUACUUCCAAGGUCAAUGCCUCCUUACAAUGCAUAUUCUGAUUCAACAUCUGGACUUCCAAGUUCAAUGCCUCCUUACAAUGCCUAUCUUGAUUCACCAUCUGGACUUCCAAGGUUUCCUGAAUCUUUAGAUCCUAUGCUGCAACAUCAAUCUGCAGUGUUCCCUCAGCAGGCUAUGACUGUUUAUGAUAAUUUUAUACCAACAGCUGCACCGACAUCAUCAAUACAUCCUCAUUUUGUGGGCCAUCAUCAUCCUUUGAACAGGUAUCAGCAGCAGCCAUUUUCAGGUGUCCCAAACAAUAUUAAGUUCUCAGCUGAUGAUAAAUACCUUCUGAAUAUUGACUUUGGCUUGCCAAAUGCAUAG